CUUUUUGGGUCACAAGCCAAGCACAUAAGACAUUUGUUGUGGUUGUCUUUGCUUAUUAAGCCAGACUCUCAAGUCACAAAGAAGUGGAAGAAACUAUCCCAAAAGCAACCAACACAUUUCUCUCUCUCUUUCUCUGUCUCUCUUCCAUGGACUUGCAACUGAAGCUAUGGAGAAGUCAGCAGCAGAAUGAGUCAGAAGAACAAAGCUCUGCAGCUAAGAUAUCAAACUUUUUCUUAGAUCAGAUUCGAUCCCAAACUGCAAGUUCUGCUGCUGCUCUACCUCUCUUUGUCCCUGAACCCACCUCAUCUCCCUCAGUCUCAUGUUUCUCUCCUAACACGUCCUCUUCCAGGUUUCUCAAGAUGGGAAACUUAUUUAGCUUGGCACAAUGGCAAGAACUUGAGCUACAAGCACUGAUCUACAGAUACAUGUUGGCUGGUGCUUCUGUUCCUCAAGAGCUUCUCUUACCCAUCCAGAAAAGUCUAUUUCAAUCUCCUUUGAAUUUCCUUCACCAUCCUCAGCAACAGAACUUCCCUCAUCACCAACCUUGGCAUUGGGGAAGAGGAGCAAUGGAUCCUGAGCCAGGGAGGUGCAAGAGAACAGACGGGAAGAAAUGGAGAUGUUCUAGAGAUGUAGUAGGCGGUCACAAGUAUUGCGACCGCCACAUCCACCGUGGUCGAAACCGUUCAAGAAAGCCUGUGGAAACUGCCAAACCCGCCACCGCAACCGCCGCAUCUUCCUUUGUCUUAGGCGAGGAUCUUGGUCAUGGACCAAACAAUCUCUUCUUCUCAUCUGACUCUUCACAUUCUUCAACUAAACAUCUCCACCUUACUAGUCAUCAAAGUUGUUCUUCAGGGAUGAAACAAGAAAGUAACAAAAAGAGGCCAUAUGAAGCUCACAGUGGACUCAUCAAUGGAAGAUCAGAUGAUGGUAACACCCUGAGGCCUUUCUUUGACGACUGGCCACGAUCAUCUGAUUCUACCUCAAGUCCAAUGAGCUCAUCCAAUUGUCAUCUGUCCAUCUCCAUGCCCGGUAACACUUCAUCAGACGUCUCUCUAAAACUUUCCACAGGCGAUGAAGUAGAAGAAGCCAACAACAAUGAGAGGGAGCAGCAACAAAACAUGAAUUGGUGGAGCAGUGGAGGGAAUCACCACAACAUGGGUGGACCAUUGGCUGAAGCCUUGAGGUCAGCCUCUUCAACGUCAAGUGUUCUUCAUCAAAUGGGAAUCUCAGCUCAAGUCUUUCAUUGAAGAAAAUGUUACACAACCCAAAUCAAGUCCUCUUCUAAGCUUUCCUUUGAGACUGCAACUUUCUGCAGAUGUCUUUCUCUGUGUUUCAGUGAUGUUGUGAGUCCCUCUGCAGAAAUAUAUGUAACAAAGUUUGAGACAUGUAUAAGCAAUGGAACUUUAUUUUUAUAAUCAAAACUAAUAUGAUACUCUUCAAGUCCACUCUAUGAGAUAUCCUUAAUGCA